UCCUUCUAAGUUAUCCCCCCAGUACACAACAGUACACAACCUCCAGAGGCAGCAAACUGAGCGCGAAGUCAGAAGUGGCCACAUUCAACACGGUCGAAGCUCGGGUGCAAUCCCGGCCUGAGAGUGCACGUAGAACCACACGGAGAAUCUCAUCUUAGAGGACAACGCUGACCUACAUAUAUCACUGGUCCCGAAGGUGUACACACGCCUGUCGUGGGUACCACGAGUAGCGAUGGUCAAUAUCCGGUCGCAUGCUUGGUUGGCCUCACUGUGUCAGCUUGUACUCGUCUCGGCUUCCGUGAUGAAUGGUCAACGCACAUUCCACACCACGGCCAGUUGCGAGGACCCUGGCUUCGACAGCCACCAACGCGGUUGGGGCAUAUCUGUCUCCGAGGAAUGGGACGUACGCGUUCUACAUUGGCUCUGACCAUUUGUUCCGCUCACGAGAGAAAUCGGACGUGCAGGUUCUGGGACCGUUCCCGAGUCACGCAAGGGAACAGCAUUUUCUGUCUCCUUCCUAUCCACUGAACUUAUCGGAACCUAUAGACUUCAAGGGCAAAUGGCCUUCAUCAUGUGCGGACGGCGGAGAAGUAGAAUGGACAACCGCUCACUCCAAGACUGACGGUACGUUGGAUGUCUCCUUCCCGCACAUUCGCUGGGCCGCGCUUCGAGCAACAGAGGGGUGGGCAGGUCUACAGCACCAUUCGGUUCUGCACACCACGAUCACGGUGACCCCACCCCCAAACCUCUCGAGCGACACUUCAGAACGACCAGGUGAACCACCCCGGCUACUAGUGAACGUGGCCCAGGGCUCCUUCUUCACGGCAGUACCGCAAUGGUACAUGGGGAACAUCUACGCCAUGGAGCGUGUUCUUCCCCAGACGGUUUCACUUCCCUCCACGCCGUCGUUUACCGGACCAACGACGUACGACCUAUUCGUCAGCGGCGACUACGAGAUCAGGCUGUUCGGCGAUCCGCGCUUCAACGGCGACAAGAGCGGCAUACCUACUCUCUCCAUCAAGCUGUCCGUGGACCUCGAGCCAGUGCCCACGGAGAGCACGGUGGAAAUCAUUCCAGAUCAUAGCGUGACCUGCGACUUCGUCGACGGAUGGGCAUUUGGAGACGCGUUGGGCGUCGGCGUGCGGAGCGUAUCUGGCUGGUGGAACAUCGACGGUGUGUCGCUCGCGACAGCGGAGCUGACGGACCGACUCAACCUCACGCUGCUUCAGAACACCGCGCUCGCCCCCACCCAGACACGCAUCGUACCCCUCAAGAUUGUCCAGCUUCUUCCCUUCGGUGGACACGAGAUACCUGUCGCCCUGCAUCUGACAUCUCGGAACAACGCCACGACGACCUUGCAUACCAGCAUCCCCGUCCGCCAGCACCCGCACUGGUCACCGUCCGAGGUCCCCGCAGCUGGGAUACAGGCUACGUAUCUCUACGGCAGCUCGUCCCCGACGGCAUUUCUGGUGAUGCCGCCGGAGGAGCCCAACGAGGAUGGCGCGGGCGUGGACAUACUGUCGAUGCCGUUCUGGAUCCAGGCCAUCCCGCGGCAAAAACAUAGUUGGGUCGUCACACCAACAGGGCGGACCGCAUGGGGUCUGGAUUGGCAUGGUCCUAGCGCGAUGGACGCCUGGGGCAGUGUUGAUGCUCUAGGGGCAAUUCUGAAGAGUAGGGAUGCAUGGCGCGGCUACGAACUCGCCGACGACACGCGGGUGCUGCUCCUCGGCCACUCGAAUGGCGGCCAAGGGGCAUGGUGGAACGCGGCGAGGUACCCGGAUCGAGUCGCUGCCGUCAUCCCGGCGGCGGCGUACCUCAAGUCGCAGGUAUAUGUACCCCUCAUCCAGUCUCAUCUUCGCGCAUUACGUCGACCCUUCCUGCGGGCGAUCCUUGAGACCGCGCUGACACCCGAUGAUAACGACCUUUUCCUGUCUAACCUCGCGCACACACGAAUUCUUGCGAUCCACGGCGGCGACGACGAGAACGUGCCGACGUGGCACAGUCGUGCGUACGUCAGCACCCUCAAGACGUGGAACGCCGACGCGCCCGUGAAGCUACGCGAAGAUCCCGGUGAACUUCAUGGUACACGGGGCGAGACGGGCUUGGCUACAUCUGUCGGCUUCGGGCCGAGCCCAGAUAGCUUCACCUUGACUGUCUCCAUACCUGCUGAGAGCGGCUCGCUUCACGGAUGGCGGAUCCACCAACUGCUAGUGCCUGGCCGCAUCGGAAGGCUUACGGUCGUACUGAGCGGGACGUCAAUUGAAGUCCGCACGAACAACGUCGCAGUGUUCUCAAUUCAGCACAUCCCUCGAUAUGCUGCGGACGUUCUGGUCAUAGACGGCUUCACAUUCCCGAUGGAUGCUCUUCGAGACAACAGUCACAACGCAGUGCAUUUCUCACGUGAGGUGGUACAUGGAAAACUAGCCAGAAUCCUCACCUCCCCUGUACCGAUCGUCAUCAUCUAUGAAAGUAGCUCUCAAAGCUCCCUCUCGGCAACGCUACGCCUAGCCUCUGCUCUCGACGGUUACCACAAGCUUGAUGCGGAGAUCAUUGACGACGCGGAGGCCGUCCGGAGGCUACACAUCGAAUCGCUGGGCACUGCCAACAUAGUCGUCGUCACGAAUGGAAAGGGGGAAUUCGCGCAGUCUCUGCUCUCGCAAGAGCGCACAGCAUUCACCCUCAAUAACAGGACAUUACUUCUGAGAGGAAGCCUCUGGGAACGAAGCCUCCGGCUCUUUCCCAUACGUACAGGCGUGCCAAUCCCCGAUUGGGUUGUAAUCACAGAACACGCGGACAACAUGGGAGCGGGAGGGAUAGAAGGAGCGGGCGUAUGGGGAAACACCUGGAGCUGGAAUGAAGGAAUCUCCGCCGUUUGA